AUGGCCCUCACACGCAGUGCCAACAAGAGACCAGCGCCGUCUGCCGAGUCUGGCGCACCAGACUCAUCUUCAUCAGGCAAGAGACGCAAGGUCAGCCAGGGAAAGAAGAAGACGACCUCAUCACCAUCGUCCUCGACAGCUGUCGCGACUUCACCAUCAUCACUGAAGAAGCGCACAGUUGUCAGAGCCCGGACCUCGACUUCUGCACGUCUGCACCUGUCACAAUCAUCUCAUGACAUGCGCACACGUUCAAAAGCCCGCAUAUUCCCAUUCUUCAGGCUUCCAGCGGAGAUUCGCAACCUCAUCUAUUCCGAGGCCUACGGCUCAGACGACCCCGUCGAUCUCGCCGACUUACGGCUACCUGCCGAGCUCAAGGUCCCCGAGAUCUUCGGCGAGGCUCUCCCGUUCUUCUUCGAGAGCACACCCGUCGUCAUCCCCGUCAUGUCGAACGUCUGUGUUCGACACCAGCAUCUCCAUCGUGCUGAACAUGAGCGGUAUGAGCGGACGGGUCAGGUGGAGCUCCCGAGGAUUCUGCAGGAGGGCUGUGUUCCCAGCAAGGACGUACGCUUCAAGUGCUUGCACUUUCGUGCGAAGUGCUGCUGCUGCGAUCGAGGUAAGGUUCUGUUGGAUGUGGACGUGCAAGUCGUCAACAGGGGAACAUCGCUCGGCGCCCUCACGGAGACGGAGGUCCUCAACCGACUGCAAGUCUAUGCGAGUGCGGUGGCCGAGUUGGAUAAGAUGGUUGAUGUGGUGAAGGGGGUUGUGGAUGAGAUCAGCGGCCGUGAGAACUUCAACGGUUUCACUGUCGACGAUGUCAAGCGCUUGGCGAUGUGCUUCCGCAACGACGAGGAUGAUGGCAAGUCGCCAGAUCACAGCGACGACAUGUUUUGA